GAAAGAAUGACAUCGAAUAGAAAUUUUUUGUUACUGUUGGAACUUGCCUUUUUCGCGUAACUAACAUCGAAGCCGCAGUAUGGCUUCUUCUUGUAAUACCUGACACAAAGAGUCAUUUCAUCACAGAAAAAGCACAUCCACACUAUGUAACCACAUCCGUACUUGGAUAAAUCCAGUCUUAGCUAUUUCAUCAAAAUAACUUUCAGAAAAAAAUUUUUCGCUGGGGAAUGUUGAACGCAUCAUCACUUUAUUCACCAACCUUCUUGGAUGAAGGUCCGCCAUCGUGGUGUUACGAGACACGCUUCAACGGUUGGAACGCUCCUCCUGAUGUUUAUGUCAGCCCCUACUGGAAACAAUUCAGGGCGCCUGCACCCUACCUGCACUACUUACUAGGUAUACUCUACGUAGUUUUGAUGGUAGUCUCAUGCAUUGGAAAUGGAAUAGUCAUCUAUAUAUUUUUAGUAGCAAGAAAUCUAAGAACACCUGCUAAUAUGUUUGUAAUUGGUCUUGCAUUAUCAGAUUUACUUAUGAUGGCCAAAACACCAGUUUUCAUUUACAACUCUUUUCAACUUGGACCUGUAUUUGGAAGUUUAGGUUGUACCAUCUACGGUGUUGUUGGAGCUUAUUCAGGUAUAGGCUCAGCCUUUUGCAACGCCCUCAUAUCAUAUGAUAGGUAUAGAGUUAUCGUCCAUCCCUUCAGUAAAUCUGGGAUGACGUUGGCAAAAGCAAUCUGCAUCCUGAUUCUCAUUUACAUCUAUGUAACCCCUUUUGCUUUAUUGCCUGCUUUCGAAAUCUGGAGCCGAUUUGUGCCAGAAGGUUUCCUGACCAGUUGUGCUGCAGAUUUCUUUAUGCACGACUUUAAUGGAAGAUCUUAUAUAGUGGGGACAUGGUUUUUUGGUUGGUUUAUUCCUAUUUGCACAGUUCUGUAUUGUUACUUUAGGAUAUUUCUUGCUGUAAGAAAUCAUGAAUUGCAAAUAAAAGAACAGGCAAGAAAAAUGAACGUGGACAGCAUUCGAUCCAAUGCAGCAAUGAAUAACUCGUCUGCUGAAGUACGGAUUGCAAAAACAGCAUUCUGUGUUAUCAUCCUUUUCCUCUUUUCUUGGGUUCCUUACAUCUCGGUAGCAUUUUUGGCUGGUUUUUCAGAUCCCAGUGAGAGAAAGAUCACCCCAAUAAUAUCAAUGAUUCCAGCACUUACAUUGAAAGCAUCCGCCUGUUUCGAUCCAUUCUUUUACGCUAUAAGUCAUCCUAGAUACCGACUGGAGCUACAAAAGCGAUUACCUUGGCUUUGCAUCCAAGAGAAGGCUGAAAAUGCUUCUAAUGGCAACAUCGAUACUGUGUCCAAAGCUACUACAGAGACAUAGAUUUCAAGGAGAAAAUUGCUGUUUUUGUUUGUAAUAUCUAAUUUGAUAUUAUAUGGUAAUUUAUUCAUAAAUUCUAAAAUGCCUAGGAACUAUUUAUGAAAUAUGUAAACAUUGUUUACGUUUCUUCUUUAUGGAGGGAUUUUAGCUUGAUGUUAAUUUGUGAUUUGCCCAUAAAAUCUCAAGAUAUCUGGAAGUUAUUUGGGGAAUAUCUAAACACUUUUGUAAGUUAGUUCUAUCCUUACGAACUGCUUAUGAAUUGCUUAUAAAUAUAAAAAAAAUAUGUGUUAGACAUUUUCAGCAAUGAAAAUUUUUUAUUUCGGUAAAACUUACUUAUUUACAUUUUGACCGAUUAUACCGUUUACAUUUUGGAUUAUAUUCCUAAUAAUUAUAAAUAUAUAUAGUCAGUGAAAAAAAUGCAAAUAUUGGUCUCGCAUGCUUAGUAAUAAAUGCAUAUAUUUAUUUACAAUUUAAGUAAUUAUGAGCACCUGCGAGUUGUACCUAGAAUACAUUCAAUUCCAAACACUGAAAUUAAGAAAAAAAAUCAUUUAACUUUUAUUUUGAUUUAUAUGAUUUCGAGAAAAGAAUAAAUUAUUAUGUAUUUAUGCACCUAUUUUGACCUAAACUAGAUGUUAAACUAUUAUUAAAUCUAGUUAGGACAUAAUAUAUAAAAUAUUUAUGAAAUUAAUAAACUCGAGGAAAUAAUAUAUUUAUUUAUUGAAUAGGGCUUUUUUCUUUUCUACAAAUAGAGCAUUGAGCGUUAUGGUUUUAAUUACAUCGUAUAUAAAUACUGCAAUUUCUUAUAGUAACUAAGAGUAUUAUAAUAGAGAGAAAAAAUAUUAUAAAAGAAAAAAAUAUUUUUCAAUAUGAAAAUUUUUACCUUUGUUCUCAGAUUUUACAUAUCUAUUGAAUCUAACUGUCCAACUGAACUUAGUAUUUAAUUUGUGUGGGAAUGUAAUGUUCAAUUUAACACAAUGCUAGUCUACCAUUUAUUGUAGUAUAAUAAUCCCUUCUAUUAUGCACAAAAGUGGAAAAUGUUUAAAGGAAAAUAUAAAAAGUUUUAUUAUCGCAAAUUAUUAAAAUUAAAAAUUUACUGUAAUUUCUACAGAAAAAUAUAUUUUAAAUAGUUUUGAUUAGGUUGCAAACUUAAAUGGUAUUUCUGAAAAAUGUCUUCAGAUAUUGCAAUAAUUCAUUAUAAUUUUUGUCCCUUUAUGCAUAAAUAUG